CGGAAAGAUGGCGGCGCCCACUGUGCACGGCGGCUAAUGCGGCGGCAGCGGAUCCUGAAUCGGUUUGUCCUGAAUAACAGGGGCAGGACGCCCCGAGUCCCCAGCCAGCAGGCACCAUGGUGACAGAGCAGGAAAUGGAGGCCGUGGGCCGGACACUGGUGGACGUCAAGCAGCCCCUGCACGUCCGUUUCCGGGCGCUCUUUACGCUUCGCGGCCUGGGUGGCCCCGACGCCAUCGCCUGGAUCAGCCGUGCCUUCGCCGACGACUCGGCUCUGCUCAAGCACGAGCUGGCCUACUGCCUGGGCCAGAUGCAGGAUGCGCGGGCCAUCCCCGCGCUGGUGGCCGUGCUGCGCGACCCCCGCCAGGAGCCCAUGGUGCGCCACGAGGCGGGUGAGGCCCUCGGGGCCAUCGGAAACCUGGAUGUCCUGGAGAUCCUGAAGGAAUACUCCACUGAUCCUGUCGUUGAGGUGGCCGAGACGUGCCAGCUGGCCGUGCAGCGGCUAGAGUGGCUGAAGCAGCGAGGCGGAGCCCCAGAGCCUGCGGGCCGGUACCUCUCGGUGGACCCAGCGCCACCGGCCGAGGAGUGCGACGUGGGGCAGCUGCGGGAGGCACUGCUGGACGAGUCUCGGCCGCUGUUCGAGCGCUACCGGGCCAUGUUCGCCCUGCGUGACGCGGGUGGCAAGGACGCAGCCCUGGCGCUGGCCGAGGGGCUGCGCUGCGGGAGCGCGCUCUUCCGCCACGAGAUCGGCUAUGUGCUGGGACAGCUGCAGCACGAGGCGGCGGUGCCCCAGCUGGCAGCGGCGCUGGCACGGCCGGCCGAGAGCCCCAUGGUGCGGCACGAGUGCGCAGAGGCGCUGGGCGCCAUCGCCAGGCCCGCCUGCCUGGCCGCGCUGCGGGCCCACGCGGCCGACCCCGAGCGUGUGGUGCGGGAGAGCUGCGAGGUGGCGCUGGACAUGUAUGACUACGAGACGGGGCCUGCCUUCCAGUACGCCGAUGGGCUGCAGCGGGCCGCACCCCACGAACCCCAACAGAGACCCGGACCCUGAGGGCUGCUUGUCUGCCCGAGGGGGGCCGAAGGGACCCCUUUGCUGCCUUUGCACUCUACUCACCCCCCCCCCCCCAACUAGGCCGAAGUUUACCUCCAGCUCUCCGGGACCUCUGGUGCUUGGGGUCUCCAGGCCGGGUAGUCAGUCCCCAGGGCAACUGGGGCGUUAACUUAGUUUUGAACAGUAAAGUCGUUUUGUCCAGAAA